GCGGUGACACUGCUAAAGGAGGUGGUGGGGAUUAGCAGGCAGACCCUGGCGGAGGAUCAUCCCUCGCGACUGGCCUCGCAGCACGCGCUGGCAAUCGCAAAUCAGGCGAAUAGACAGGUGAAGAAGGCGGUGACACUGUUGGAGGAGGUGGUGCGGAUUGAAGGGCAGACGCUGGCUGAGGAUCAUCCCUCGCGAUUGGCGUCGCAGCACAAUCUGGCCAUUAUCUUCUGGAGGAUCGGCCAGCAUUCUACAGCCUUGGAAAUGUUGAGACAUGUUGUGGAGAUCCGCCAAAGAGUGCUUGACCACGACCACCAUGAUCGUGUGGCUUCUGAGGAAUGGCUC